AUGGCUUUCUUUACCACCAUAUCUUCGUCCAUAGGGAAGAGGAUACUCCUCUACGCGCUCCGCCAUGCAGAUAUACUCGACAAGGACCCCUCGGACUUCGUCGACGUCGCUGUGGGCAAGCGGACAACUCUGGAGGUUCGCGAUGUGGGAUUGCGUGUCAAGAAACUGAUAACACUUCUCAACCUGAACCUCCCCCAAGAAUUACAUCUCUCGAAAGCCCGCGUAUCCCACCUUCGAGUUACACUGGCCUGGGAAGCUGGUAGUCCUCGCAUACUUAUUGAGAUUGAAGGAGUCCAAGUACAGGCUAGAUUGGCUCCAGAUGUACCGGAACCAUCUGGGAAAUCCAAGGCUGGAGCAAAACCGGGACCAAGAUCAGCCCCCAAUACUAGCGCUCAAGCGCCGCCACAGGACGGGCCCCGCCAACGUAAGGCGUUGGCCGAUUCCACAAGCACCUUUUCGUCCGACGAUGAGGACGAGUACAUACCCACUGCGGAAGAGUUGGCAAAAUCUUUUCUAAGAGAGGAACCUGCCGAGGAGAUCAAAGAGCUCGAGGAAGCGCUGAACACCCAGUCCGAAUACCUACAAGAGUCUGUGAUGUCUAGCGAAGAUGGAGAUGAUGAAAGCGAGGUUGGAAUGGGCACGGGAAUAGGUUUACCAGUCAUGCUCAAGAACUACAUCGUUGGAGCUUUGGAUAGACUGGAGAUUACCGCGAAGGACAUCGAUAUCCAAAUUGAUGGAGACUUGCCACCGGAAUCAGCCAGCGAGUCGAACGAUGACGAACUAUCCUCUGUUGCGAUCAACCUUCACGUCGAACAAGUCUCUAUUGACGGAGUGGCGUCCGGCGAUCCAGAAGUAAAGGCGACUCCGGUACAAUCUUCAUCUCAACCACCUCCGGUUCUGGAUACACGAGACGGAAAACGACGAAUGCGAGUAGAGAACAUUUGUGCCCGCCUCAUAUCAGACCCGGAAAGCUUCGCGUCUCUAUCUAAAGUGUCGAGGUCCUCCUCGCCGGUAGACACCCGUUCCGAUAUCUCCAUAGGUCAAAAGAGCAACAGCUCGUCCUCUGUCAGUGGUCAUUCCUCAGGAAUUGCAGAAGAUGAUCAGCUUCCUAGCGCCAGUGGUAGCCAGUGCCUGGCACAAUCUAACCACUCCACACAUUCUCGCCGAGAGGAACGACCUUUAGAAGCUUCGAUAUUGUCAACCGACGAGGACAGAUUUGCGGAUGCGGCUAUUGAUGACGACUAUGAAGGAAGACGAAGUUACAUUGCUGGACUAGAGCAAUCGGAAACCCUCGGGCAAUCUCGCCAAUCUGUUCAAAACUCGCGUUAUGACUUUGGGGGCGAAAGUAGCCUGUUCAACGAUGAUGGUAUUAUAGACUAUGUCGCUAACAACGGUUUUCUGAACUCUCAAUAUGAGGGGGCUGACGAUGGUCCGCCUCCAUCGCCGCAGCAACGGCUUUCCUGGGCUCUCGAUGGAAAUGCUUCCAGCCAUGAAAUAGAGGCCUCCAUUCAUGAAAAAGAGGCGCCACAGCGCCUUUCGGCAACGGCCCCUGCUCCUCAAGCACUCUCCUCUAAAGAUUCUUACUCAAAACUUCGACCGGUCUCCAGCUCCGAGCCGAAUCCUGCCUCGAAAAUAUUCCCUUCUACCGACAAUUUGGACACUGCGAAACACCAUGCUCUCGAUGCACCUCCGGAAGCACCGCGGCGAGACUCUAGCAGCAGCUCUGGGUCUUCGGUUUCUAGGGAAGACUUGGCACAAUCCAAAAUGUUUACCCACGAGGAAGCCGAAAGUAUGUACCUGAGUGCGAUGAGCGCUGCGCCCACCCAAGCAAGCCGGCAUUUGAAUGUUCCCGGGGGAUGGGAUUCCUCUUCGACAUCAAGUGAGGGCACUGCUCCAGAAGAGCUAAGUUCAGUUCCUCCGGUAAUGAGUGCAUCGACUAUUUUCCCCGUGACUACAGAAGGAGACGAUGGAUGUGAGACUCCACGCCCUGGAAGCAGAGCAAGUGUUAUCGCGGCCGCUAUCAGCCCGGCACCGAGAAUGGGCACCACCGAAAGCACAGGAAACAUAUCUGGAACGCCUGCCACGGGCAUCGCUAACUCCUCGUUCUCUGGAACCGUCAAAGUUGCUAAACCGUUCUUAAGUAUUGACAAAGUCAAUGUUUGGUUUCCUCUCGAUCUAUCCGGUGCCGAAAAUUCUGGAAUGGGCGAAAGCGCCAUGAUAGAAGAUUCACUCGAUCGAAUGCAAGCAACAACUGAAUUCGGCGAUGAGUCUAUUUUCCGCGACAUGCCAGGAUCCUUCUCGUUUUAUGCAGAGUCAACCGCUUCAAGGCGUCGAAAGAGCGCUUCGGAAACCACAGAAGCUCGUCGCCCUCCUAUGCCUUUAAGACCUUCGAAAACCGAUAGGACUCCUCCUACACCCAUGCCUGUGCCUCGACGAAGGCGCCACACUGGAGUAGAGGUCGAGGUUGGAACGAUCUGUGCACAAGUGGAUAUUUCCGCGGGUCGUAUGAUGUUCCAACUUGCUCAGCGCGUCCUAGCCAUUCUGGGGCCUCAGAAUGUAGAAAGCAACCCGAAACAGAGCCUUCAAGAUCAGCCACGAUCAAGUUCAGAAAGCUUGAUCAAAGUAUCCAUUGAGCAAGUAUCGUUUGCUUGGUUAGAGCGCUUAAUUGCUGAGUCGGUCACUGCGGCUAGCCACAGCCAACCCGCUUUCAAGCUUGACAGCAACACAAAUGAGGCAAUUCUAUGGCUCAACUUGAAAGCGUUGCAGAUCACUGGUCGAAGUAAGGGCAAGGAGUCUGUCAUGAAGCUCAAUAUUGGAAAGUUCCUGCUGGGAUCUCUAAAUCAACAAAUUAUAAGUUUCGAUGCCGGGGCAAGGUCGAGGCGAUCCGCUCAUGCCGGGGAUCGUCUGGAACACGAUAUACAAGUCGAGCUGCGCGAGUCCUCAGAUCGCCGACUCCAUAUGGCAACACGGCCCAUAAAAGUUCUUUUCGACCUUCAAAAGCUGGAUGACGCCCUGGGUUCGUUUGGAGGCUUCAGUGGUGUCCUUGAACUUGGCAACUCUAUUACCUCGAACCAAACAGCGCCACGAUCACCAUCCCCGCCUCCAACUCAACGGCCUCGCGGUGUUCAUUUUGGAGAUGCGCCACCACCCGCAGUUAUCCCAGACUCUACUUCAGCUCUGAAAGUCAGUAUCAAACUUGGUGAUGUGUUUUUCCAGCUCAAGGGAAAGACAUGUGCUGUUCAUAUGCAGACAAGUUCCGUCAAAAUGGUUGUAAGAGGAAGCAAUGUGAGGAUCGUGAUCUCCGACAUCCAGCUCACCGGUCCUUUUCUGGAAUUCACCCGAGAUGAGCCUCCGUUCAUCACCGAGAUCAAGGAUCUAAACAUCACAUUUCUGUUCUCUCCAGAGGAAGUGGAUUUGACCCGACUGCUUUCAAUCAUCACGCCAUCCAAAGACAAGUAUGAGAAUGACAGCGAUAUCCUAAUCGAUACACUACUUCGACAACGUCGGAAAGGAUCUGUCAUUCGGGUUAACAUCGCAGGCUUAGGCGUCCGCAUGUCUGAUUUGGGAUGUCUUGAAAUCUUCCAGGAUCUUAGCAUUGAACUAGCCCGGCUUUCCACGGUCACGAAGUACCUCCCUGAGGAUGAUCGACCUGGUAUUCUGACCCUGGGCGCAAUCAAGCAAUUAGAAGGAAGUGUUAUGGUCAAUGAAAAGAUUGGAUUUGUCGACCUGAAAUGUUACUCGACUCAGUUUGCACACGUGGGGCUUCCUCCGCUAUUUGCUGUCGAAAUCGGAAAGAUCGCACUCAACCACGGGAAAGAAAUCUUGAUUGACGAGGUUGCUCCGCUCAGGCCACUCGACGAGCUACCUAUGAUAAUGGCACGGAUCAUUGGAGACGAGAUGGAACCUACACUCCGAGUCAAAAUGUUCAACUUAUGCCUCGAGUAUCGGGUUUCGACCAUCAUGGCUGCUCUUGGUCUGUCUGAGGACGGUACGAUCGAGGAAGUGGUAGCGGGAAUUGCCUCGUCUGUAGCAACUAUCACAGGGAACGCCUCACCGAAGGCUCUAAGCCGGCAGUCUUCUGAAUCGACAGAAUCCUCCCGCUCCGCAAAGCUGCUACAUAUCGAGGUUCUGGUUCGGGAUUGUGCUCUUGGGCUAAACCCUCGCAAAGUCCCCUCCAAAGGGCUCUUUGUUCUGACUGAUACACGUCUUAGUGGACAGUUGCCGAAGAACGAAAAAUUGUCUGCUAGUCUUGAGCUCAGGAAAGCAUCGAUCCUUAUUAUCGAUGAUAUCGAUCGCAUCGAGGACACGGCUGAUUCUCCUCAAUCGACCCCUCACAGUCACCUUCGAAAUCAACAGAUUACCGAUUUAGAACGGAGUGGGUUUGUCUUACUCAGUACCAUAUCCGCGGCAAAGGCAAUGGUGAACAUAUCUGGCAUUGGAGAAGACCAGCAAUUGAUUGACGUGGAGUUCAAGAAUGAUCUAGUUGUCUUAGAGACUUGCGCAGAUUCUACCCAAACCCUUAUCGGAAUUCUGAACGGACUAAGCCCCCCAAUGCCGCCUAGUACCGCCCAGCGGUACCGGACGGUAGUGCCCUUCCAAACUAUGAUGGAUUCGUUCACGGGAGACGCCUUUGCUACUAUUUCUGCCGAAGAUGCUGGAGAAGGCUUCUCGAUGGAUGAUGCCGAUCACGUCGACGACGAGGUACCAACCAAUCUGGAGUACGUCGGGAGCUUCUAUAACCCUGACUCUAUUCCAUCUGGGGAAGAUAUUGGAGACAGUAUGCUUGAAGCCGACGAUCUUCACUCUUUAGCAACACCGCCGCCUGUUCGGCAGCGUGGAGCUGGCGUUCUCCUGGAGAGCUUCCAGGAACAAUACGAAGUCGCGCAAGGGGAGCAAGAUUUCGACUUUGACGACAACUACUUUGGCUCAAAUUCCGAGUACCAAGGUACCGCACGCAAAUGGGACUCUACCAAGAACCAGUACAAACUGUCGAAUGAGUUCAAGGCGUCCAAUAGCCCUCUCAAGGUGCGGAUACGAGAUAUGCAGGUCAUCUGGAAUCUUUUCGAUGGCUAUGACUGGCCGAAGACGAGAGACACUGUUACAAAUGCCGUUGAGAACAUCGAGCAGAGAGCUGAAGAACGACGGCAACGACGAGCGGCACGCUUAGAAGAAGACACUCCGAAUGUUAUGGUUGAAGAAGACUACCUCUUUAACUCGGUUUGGAUCAGUAUCCCAGUGAACGAGGAAAAGGGAGCCUUGUACAAGAAAAUCAAUCAUGACGUUGACGACCUAGUCAGCGAAACCGGGAGCUAUGCUACGACAACGACAGCUUCCCAAGCUACAGCCCGGCAGCGGACAGGGCCUAGGACUAAACGACGGAAACUCAAGCUCGAACGCAGUAAGCACAAGAAGAUCACGUUUGAAUUACGAGGGAUCGACGCCGACCUCGUGAUUUAUCCUCCUGGUUCAGAUGAAACGCAGAGUUCAGUGAACGUUCGCGUUCGGGACUUCGAGAUCUUUGACCACGUCCCUAGCUCUACGUGGAGAAAAUUUGCGACCUGUUUAAUUGAACCUAGCAAACGUGAAAUGGACAGACCGAUGAUCAACCUGGAACUUCUCACUGUAAAGCCUAUUCAGGAUCUUGCGGCUUCAGAGAUUGUCCUAAGAGUCACUGUCUUACCUCUGCGUCUACACGUUGAUCAAGACGCUCUUGACUUCAUCACGAGGUUCUUCGAGUUUAAAGACGAAACUGCUACGCCAAGCGGUGCUAAACCCGAUAUUGCAUUCUUACAGCGAGUUGAAGUCGACACCGUGCAGAUAAAGCUAGACUAUAAGCCGAAGAAAGUCAACUACGCUGGACUUCGCUCUGGACACACAACAGAGUUCAUGAACUUCGUCAUCCUAGAUGAGGCGAACAUUGUUCUUCGGCAUGCUAUUCUUUACGGUAUUCCUGGUUUCGAUAAGCUGCACGACAGUCUCUCGGCAAUAUGGACCCCGGAUGUCAUCAAGAACCAGAUCCCCAACAUCAUCGCUGGUUUGUCAGGCGUGCGGUCACUAGUCAAUGUCGGCAGCGGAGUCAAGGAUCUCUUUGUUAUCCCCGUCCAGGAAUACAAGAAGGAUGGGCGUAUCGUUCGAAGUCUUCAAAAGGGCGCGUUUGCUUUCGGAAAGAACACGACCAUCGGAAUGGCACGCUUGGGGGCUAAGCUUGCCGUUGGCGCCCAGACAGCACUCGAAGGCAUCGAAGGCUUGGUCUCGCCACAAGAUGCUGAUGCUAGUUCCUCCACUGAUAAUGGAUGGGAGGACCUAGAUCCAGACGAAGAGCGAAGGGCGAUUUCGCAUUAUGCGAACCAACCUCUCGGUGUUAUGGCUGGGUUCCGAGGCGCGGCACGACAUUUCGAACGCGAUCUACUGACGGCUCGCGACGCUAUCAUUGCUAUUCCUACAGAAGUCAUGGAGAGCGGAAGUGCGAGUGGUGCCGCUAAGGCUGUGUGGAGGCGUGCGCCGACGGUAAUCAUUCGGCCGGCGCUUGGGACGACCAAGGCAGUCGGUAACGCGCUCUUCGGGCUCAGCAAUGCUGCCGAUCCUGAUAGCAGGCGCAAGCUCGAGGAUAAAUACAAGAGCAGCUAUUGAGCCUGCUUCGCCUAGUGCCGGCGAUGUACAUAUCGCGAUUAUGGCUUGCGGAGGAUGGACUCCCCUUGACAUCAUCUCUAUCCUAGUUUUCUCUUUUGCUAUUGCUAUUACUUCUCUUCGUUUUUCUCCAUGCAUAGUCGUUACAUCCCUCAUCAGGGCACCCUGUUCUUUUCUUUUCUUUCAUUUUUUCAGUUGCAUAGCGAUGGUGCCAGGCGUCUCUCUUUUGUGGGGCAGCACACCAUAUUUUCAUAGUAAGACAUGCAUGGACCACGCCGGCGUUUGGUUACUUAGGGAAGCAUUCGGAGUCGUAGCAUCGCGGCCGGCGAAGAAUAUCGAAAUGAAAAUACCCCUGCUGAUUGGUCGGUUUAGGGGGCUAGGCUGGUGUUUCUAGAUUGCAUAGUGAGAAUGGUACGGGAGAUGUUGAAGCAUCUGUGGC